AUGCUCAGUUCGCUUCUUUGCUCAAUAGGAAUUAUUGAAAAUUUGCUCGAUGUUCGUCCAGAAAUGAAUGUGACUAUGUCUAAUCAGGGACUAUUCUCUUGGUUACUACGUCGCAUUCAAAGAAGGCCUGUGUUUGAUCGUAACAAAUUGUAUGUCAGUGAACUGCUCGCUAUUCUACUCCAAUUGGACGAGGCGAACAGACGACACUUGGGUCAGGUGGAUGGUAUUGAUAUUUUGCUCCAACAGCUGGCUGUCUAUAAACGUCAUGAUCCGUCCAGUCGAGAAGAAAUGGAGCUGAUGCACAACCUGUUUGAUUGUUUAUGCAGUGCUCUCAUGCUCCCAGAAAACAAGGAUCGGUUUUUGAAAGGAGAGGGUAUUCAGCUGAUGAAUCUGAUGCUCCGGUAA